UAUAAUUUAAAAUGGCCUCUUGUUCAGGAUCAACUUGUCCUACUCCUCCAAAAGAAGGCAAGACCAAACGUACAACAGAAGCUUACUGGACUAGAUUCCAAGAGUUGAAGAAAAGAAGAAAAUCUCAAGAAGUGAUAAAAAGGGCAUCGAAAAAAAUGAAAUUAAAGACUGUAAAAAAGUCUGAAACAUUAGACAGUGCUACAGAGGAAAUAAAGAGUGGUGAGAUUACAUGGUCUGACAUAAAACCUCACAUAAAAACAAGUUCACAAUUAUUAGGAGGGAGUGACAUUGUAGAGGGAAGAAAUGAGACUGGAUUAGAACGUUUAUUAGAUUCGGCCCUUGAUAAACGAGAUUAUGCAGGUGCUGUAGAGUUAAGUGAUAAAAUAUCUAAAAGAAAGUUUUCACAUCAAAUAGUAACUGCAGUUGACAGCUGCAAAGGGGAAGAGAGAAGGAAGAAAGAAAAUGAAGAGAAACAACAAAAGAGACAUAAACUGAAGUGGAAAUAUGAACACAAGCAACGUUGGGAGAUGAAGUCUAAUAUGUGAAUACUCAAAAAUACUUCACCUUUGAUGAGACAUGGAGUGUGACUGUCUAUUGAUUAUAAUGGAACAAUCAGUCAUUAUACAUGUACAUUAACAACAGUUAAUUUUAUAAUGUUCAGAGUAAAAUUAAUGUCAACAUCAUUAAUUUUUUAUUAUUUUUGUUCUUGUGUAUUGUCAAUGACUUUGUGACCCAGUCUUUCUAA